AUGAAGCUACUCAGUGUUAUCGCGGGCGUCUCUGGUGUCGUCAGCGCGACGCAGAGCCCGCUUUCUAUACUGGAUAAUUCGGAAGCAUCGUACAAGAUCCCAACAAGCUAUGAGUCGGCUGUCAUGGGUCGACGGAUCCUGGCCCUAUCCAAGCUGGGAACAUUGUCGACUGUCUUUCCCCAGACGUCCUCGCAUGAGAUCCGGCCCCGCGGCAUGGAAGGUCAGCCCAUCGGCCUGAUGGACUAUGUUGCCGAUUGCGAAGACGACGGCAACCCGACCAUUCUGGCCAUCAAGAUUGGCACUAGCUUCAAGAAUGUGCGGGCUGGCUCCAACAUCACCUUGUCGAUGCGAUGGACACCACCAUACCCGCCGUCUAAAAGAAUGUCCUUUCUCUCUCGCCUAUCGGCGUACUUGCCCUUCCUCUCGCGGGACUGUCCAUAUAACACUGCUUCGGAGCACCCGGAGAUCCCCGACACGGUGCCCUACUCAGCCGCUAAUCUGCCGCGAUUUUCUCUCUUUGGGUACCUGGAGAAUAUUGAGACAGAUGACGAUGGCGCCAAGAAGUUGGCUGUUUGCUACACAUCCAAGCAUAGGGAUGCUAGAUUCUGGCUUCCAGGUAACCAUAUCCACCAGAGCGAGUGGAUGAGAUUGGUUGUGACGCAUGUCUAUUGGAUCGGGGGAUUCGGUGACAGAGCGUAUAUUGGCUGGAUUCCUGUUGACGAAUGGAACAAGGUCACCAGCGAUGACUGGAAGGCCAUCGAACUUCCUGGCGAGAAGAAGGGUUGGGAUGAAUGGAGUAUCGGCCAGUCUGAGGAGCUCUAG